AUGCGACUUUUGCACGUCUCGCAUCAACGGUUUGUGGAAUUCCACGACAGAAGCAAGACGCCUGAAUAUGCGAUUCUCUCCCACGCGUGGAUCCAACCCAACCAUCAUGAAGUCUCUCUGCAGGAUCUACGGGACACAGACUGGACGGAAGCCAAGCAGAAACAAGGCUGGAACAAGAUUGCUUACACGAUGAACCAGGCCAAAAAAGAUGGAUACGAAUACGUCUGGAUCGACACUUGCUGUAUCGACCAACGCAAUCCCACCGAACUCGGUACAUCGAUUAACUCCAUGUUCGAAUGGUAUAGAGAUGCUGCGGUCUGUUAUGCGUAUCUGGACGAUGUCGACCAGGGGUCUGGGAGGCCAGCAAAUGUGGCAGAAGCCUUCUCGAAGACUAAAUGGAUCACACGAGGCUGGACCCUUCAAGAACUCAUCGCUCCUUCUGCCGUGAUUUUUUACGACAGCAACUGGCAAUACUUGACAUCUCGGCGAGACUCCGCCCUUGUACUUUCAAAAGUCACCCAGAUCGAUAUCGAGGUCUUGACCACUUGCGACGGCCACCUCCGCUUAGACUCCUUCAGUAUCGCUAAGCGAAUGUCAUGGGCAGCUGAAAGGGAGACAACACGCCCGGAAGAUCGUGCUUACUCACUGUUUGGACUCUUUCAUAUCACGAUGUUGACCCAAUAUGGCGAAGGCGAGCAGAGAGCAUUUUUUCGACUUCAGGAAGAGAUUGUCAAAUUUUCUGCCGACCAAUCAAUCCCUGUUCGCCUGGGAUGUGGGUGA